ACAAUGAAGACUGAGAGCUUUGAAGAAACUUGUGACUAGAGUUCUGUGUAGUGACUUGGUGACUUUUUGGUUCAUUCAAGCUCGAUAAGGAUCUAGUGAUGAGUUCGAGCACUCCAUACUUGGACGCAUUGUCCAAACACUUUCCAGCGGAAUGCUCGUCCAUCAUAGACUCCCUGAGCUCCGAACAAACCCGCUCUGCUGUGGACAUGCUUCUUGCAUUUGCAUCUGGCGGUGAAUGUCCCUCAGAUGUGUCGCCCCACGGCCAACUGGGGUGGGCACGAGAUCAAGCUGCCGGCAUGAAGGCGGUCCAAGACCUGGCCGUACAGAAAGGCACAAAACGCGGGCGAGCAGCCAGCAAUGAUGAAGAAGGCGUUGGCUCAGAUACUAAGCGCCAAAAAACUACGGAUGUACUUGAGGACGACCGGCCCGUUUUCACACUCCCUUCGAUAUCCACAACCUCGCCUGUUCGAAAAAAAGUUGACAUCACGAUUCACGAGAAGACGAUACGCUUUGUAAAUACUUCAUCUCGUGCGGUGGAAGCUUCGAUCCCUCUUCCUAGUAUCUCACGAGCAUUCCUGCUACCAACGCGUGGAAAAGCAAAGCAGCACUGGACAGUUGUCAUCCUAUCCAGUGACAUACCUGAGAAGGGUAGGGCCACAACUUCUAACUCACACCAAAUAAUAUUUGGACUUGACGCUAUAAGCACCUCUAAAUUCGACACUACCUCCUACUCCGGCUCGUCGACUCCAUCCACAUCAACGGUUGCGAGAGGAGAUGAGACGCUCUUCGUCCUACGCGAGUUUCUAAUGCAUCUCCCUAUUUCUCUUCUCGAGGCCUCAGCAACUGUAUUUCGCAGCGCUUGCGCUACUCCCAAAUCAGGACACAGCGCAGCCGGUAUCGAUGCUUAUCUUGCCGCAAAACCCGGAACUCUAUGGUUUUUCGACUCGGGAAUUCUUUGGGGGGAGAGCAAACCAUGCGAGUUUUGGGCCGUUGGUGAUCUCAUCCCAAAAGAUGGCAUUCGCAUGAUCAGUGCCACGGGUCGUACAUGUUCCGUCAUCCUCGGGAGAAAGAUAUCAUCGUCUGCUGAAGAUCAUGACAGCAAAAGAGGAGAUAAUGAGGAUGUAGAGGGAGACAUUGUCGAGACGGAGUUCUCCAUGGUGGAUGGUCGAGAACAAGACCCCAUCAAUGCAUGGGCGAGGCAGCGGAAGCACCUGUUUGGCAAAGGGUCCGCUCCACCUCCCUCCAAAGCUACAAGUGGUAAGAAAGCAACGACUCAGGAGCAACCAUCUAUUGGCGAAAACACUGCUGCCAAUGGUCCCGCGUGGGAUGACUCAGAUUCGGACGACGACGACUACGAGAUUGCUUCUUCGGAAGAUAUUGAUCAUAGCAGCUCAUCAGAUUCAGAGGCGAGCGACGUCGGGAGUGGUAGCCAUCCCGGUGACGGUUCGGAAGAGGAAGACAACCGUGGAAGCGAUGCCAAUGGCGAAGAGAGUGGCGAGGAAUCUGAGGAAGAGCUCCAAGAAGCACAUCAUCCUCUCUUGCGACCGGGUGCCAUGCCUCGAAUGUCUAAAGCAACCAUCAAUGCAGUCGUAGACAUGGUGAAUGAGGAUUUGAUGGGGGGCAGCGAGGAAGAAGACGAGCUCGACGAUUCAUAGUUAGAAGGAACGCAUCAAGUCAUUUUGCUUCUGUACCAGUACAAUCACUUCUCACCAUCGAUUCGUUCUCUUCAUUUGUCCGAUGAGCAUCAAGUACCAAAUUCUGGCAACAACUUAUCUGCGCAGUU